UUUCAUUUCAUUUUGUUUGGCAUCUCCGGCGGCGUUAGAAGUACUACACUACUAUUAUUAUUGUUUUAUCACAGUGAACAGCUGUUUAACCCUGAAAAUAAAAUCACAGCAAAAGUUAAUAGAUUGUGCAAAACAAAUAAAGGAAAUAUAGCGAGUGCGCACUUUGCUUAAUGAAUCGAAUAAACUAUGAACUUUUGGGCCCUCAAUGACGCAGCGAGAGAUAAAAACUAAUAACAGCACUAUAUUUGUACAUAUAUUGUUUAUGUGUCGCGGUGUUUGUGCGGAAUAAUCAUUAGACGGCCGCACGGUGGGUUCAAAUCGGUGUAAUCGCCGCAGAUUUGCCGUGACAGUGCAAAUAGAGGUGUGCAGAAAGGGCAACGGGUCAGCAUAAAUAAUUAAUUGCAAUUGCCGCGAGUCCAUUGCCAAUCGAUUAUGCAGUAAUGCUCGACGCCGAUCUAAUUUUUAUCACUAAGUGGGCCCGCACUUAAUCGCACAAACAACAAACAGAAUUGCAAUUUCAAUUAUUGCCCGCAAAACGUGGAAAGGAUCCUAAUUUUAACCAAUUUUAAUGUCGAGAUAAUCUAGAAAAAGCGAAAAGCCAAUCAAACAAAGCUGCAAAAUGGCUAAGGUCACGAACUGGGACAAGUUUGUGCUGCUGCUGUGGAAGAACUGGACGCUCCAAUGGAACCACAAGUGGCAGAUGGUCAUCGAGCUGGUGCUGCCGGCGAUAUUCUCCCUGCUCCUCGUCUUGGUCCGCACCCUGGUCGAUACGGAGCAGAGGGGGGUCAAGUACUAUGUGGAGCAGAAUAUAACAGAUCUCAGUUUGUUGCAACAUUCGUUGCAUAGAUCGUCCUACCUUGGCAAGCUCAUAGCGCUGAUUGCACCCAAUCGACGGAGCACCGGCUUGUCAAACUUCAAGUUCAUCGUGUGCUACUCACCCGUGAAUCCUGUGCUCAAGAAACUGGUGGACGAGGCGUGGCAGAGCCUGGGAAUGAAGGAUGUGUGCGAGUCGGAGAACGCGGCCCAACUGGAGGUGGACACGGUCAGUCAGAGCGCCUUUGCCGGCAUCCAGUUCGACGAUGCGUGGGCCAAUCUCACGGAGUCGGAUCCACUGCCCGAUGAUUUUCACUUCGCCCUGCGCUUCCCCUCGGAACUGCGAACGGCGACGAUGGCCAUUGCGAAUACCUGGCUAACGAUGCGAUUGUUCCCAACGAUUGAUCUCACGGGUCCGCGAAAUGAGGCGGAUCAGGAUGGUGGCAUACCGCCGGGCUAUUUGAGAGAGGGUUUCCUGCCACUGCAGCACAGCCUGUCGAUGGCGUACCUGAGGCAGAAGUCGGGCGUAGAGAGUCUGCCGGAAAUAAUGAUGCAACGCUAUCCGUAUCCAGCCUACAUCUACGAUCCCCUGCUCGAGGGCAUGUCCUCGAUAAUGUCGCUGAUCAUACUGCUGAGCUUCAUCUAUCCCUGCACGUACAUCACCAAGUACAUCACCGCCGAGAAGGAGAAGCAGCUGAAGGAGGUGAUGAAGAUCAUGGGCCUGAGCAAUUGGCUGCACUGGACGGCCUGGUUUGUGAAGUCCUUCAUCAUGCUAACGAUAUCGGCCAUUCUGAUAGCCAUACUGGUCAAGAUCAAUUGGUCCGAAGGGGUGGCCGUGCUGACGCAUGCCAAUUUCACUGCGCUCGUCUUCUUCCUGAUCAUCUACAUCAUAGCGAGCAUCUGUUUCUGCUUCAUGAUGGCCACCUUCUUCUCGCGCGCCAGCACAGCGGCCGCCGUCACGGGUCUGAUAUGGUUCAUCGCCUACAUACCCUACUCGUUUACCAUCAACACCUACGACGACCUGAGUUUGACGGCCAAACUGGGCUGGAGCCUGAUCUCGAACACGGCCAUGGGCUUCGGCAUCAAGCUGAUCCUGGGCUUCGAGGGCACCGGCGAGGGUCUGCAGUGGAGCAACUUCUUUACGCCCGUCUCCGUGGACGACACACUGACGCUGGGCGCCGUGAUGAUCAUGAUGCUGGUGUCGUGCGUCAUCUGCAUGACCAUCUGUCUGUAUGUGGAGCAAGUGAUGCCGGGCAGCUUCGGUGUGCCGCGUCCCUGGAACUUUCCGUUUACCCGCGAGUUUUGGUGCGGCGAACGGGAGUACGCGGGAGUGGAGGACAUACCCAACGGGCAUGUGGAGCAGCGCGACCCCAAGGCCUUUGAAACGGAGCCCGAGGGCAAGCAUAUCGGUCUGCAGAUGCGGCACUUGAAGAAGAAGUUUGGCGACAAGAUGGUUGUGAAGGGUCUGUCCAUGAAUAUGUUCGAAGAUGAGAUUACCGUGUUACUCGGGCACAAUGGAGCCGGUAAGACAACGACCAUAUCGAUGUUAACCGGCAUGUUUCCACCGACGAGCGGCACGGCCAUUCUGAACGGCAGCGAUAUUCGCACCAAUAUCGAAGGUGCCCGCAUGUCGCUCGGCAUUUGUCCGCAGCACAAUGUCCUCUUCGACGAGAUGAGUGUGUCGAAUCACAUACGCUUCUUCAGCCGCAUGAAGGGACUGCGCGGCAAGGCGGUGGAGCAGGAGGUGGCCAAGUAUCUGAAGAUGAUCGAGCUGGAGGACAAGGCGAAUGUGGCCUCGUCGAAACUGUCGGGCGGCAUGAAGCGCAAGCUCUCCGUCUGCUGUGCCCUCUGCGGCGACACCAAGGUGGUGCUGUGCGACGAGCCCAGCUCGGGCAUGGAUCCAUCGGCCAGGCGACAGCUGUGGGAUCUGCUGCAGCAGGAGAAGGUCGGUCGCACCCUGCUGCUGACCACGCACUUCAUGGACGAGGCCGAUGUGCUGGGCGAUCGGAUUGCCAUCAUGUGCGACGGCGAGCUCAAGUGCCACGGAACCUCCUUCUUCCUGAAGAAACAAUACGGAUCGGGCUACCGCUUGAUCUGUGUAAAGCGAGAUGAUUGCGAAACGAACGAGGUGACCGCCCUGCUGAACAAGUUUAUUCCCGGCCUGAAGCCGGAGUGCGACAUUGGCGCCGAGCUGUCCUAUCAACUGCCCGAUAGCGCCUCCUCCAAGUUCGAGGAGAUGUUCGGCCAGCUGGAGGAUCAGUCCGACGAACUGCAUCUGAAUGGCUACGGCGUGGGCAUCACCUCGAUGGAGGAGGUGUUUAUGAAGGUCGGCGCCGAGAAGGACAGCACCGGCAACCUGAAGGACCAGAGCGAGAUUAUGAACGGCGGCAGCGGCUUCCGCGGCGAGGAUGACAACGAAUCUGUACAGUCCGAUGGCAUCUUCUCGGAGAAUCGCCGCCUGCUCCAGGGAUUCCAGCUGCUCUCGAACCAAUGGAAGGCCAUGCUGCUCAAGAAGUUCCUCUAUACGUGGCGCAACAAGUUGCUGCUGCUCAUCCAGAACAUUAUGCCCGUCUUCUUUGUGGUCGUGACCAUUUUGAUUAUCGAAACGCAGGGCACUUUCCAGGAACUGAAGCCCAUAACCAUGUCGUUGACUCAGUAUCCACUGGCCGUCACCGUUUUGGAUCGCUCCGCGGUGGCGAAUGGUACGUCCACCGCGAAUCUAGCCAAUAGUUAUGAGAAAAUGGCCCUGGCCCAUGGCAGCAAUUACGGUUUGGAACUGACGGGCAAGCAGCUCUUUGAGGACUACAUCCUGGAGCUGGGCAAGACGAUCCAGGUGCGCAUCAACUCGCGUUACCUGGUGGCCGCCACCAUCAACGAGACCAUGAUCAUUGCCUGGCUAAACAAUCAGGCUCUGCAUACGGCUCCCCUGACCGUCAAUAUGGUGCACAAUGCUAUUGCCGAUCAGCUGAUGGGUUCGAAUGUGAGAAUCGAGGUGACCAAUGCCCCGCUGCCGUACACGACCAACACUCUGCUGUCGCAGCUAAGCAUGGGCAAUAAUCUGGGCACCCAGCUGGCCUCCAAUCUUUGCUUCUGCAUGUGCUUCGUUAGCUCCAUCUACAUCCUGUUCCUGAUCAAGGAGCGCGAGUCCAGGGCCAAGCUGCUGCAGUUUGUGGGCGGCGUGAAAGUUUGGACCUUCUGGCUGUCGCAGUUCAUUUGCGAUUUCGCCACCUACAUUGUGACCGCUCUGAUCGUCGUGAUCACGAUCGUCUGCUUCCAGGAGCCGGGGCUCUCGAGCUUCGCGGAACUGGGCCGAUACUAUUUGCUGCUGCUGCUCUUCGGCUUCGCCGUUCUGCCCUUCAUCUACAUUAUGUCGCUGUUCUUCAAGGAGCCGGCCACCGGGUUUGCUCGCGUCUCCAUCGUCAAUAUCUUCUGCGGCAUGGCCCUGUUCAUUGUCGUGGUGGUAAUGUCCUCGGAGCUAUUCGACACCAAGGACACGGCCGACAUACUGGGCUGGAUAUUCCGCAUCUUUCCGCACUUUUCGCUGGCCAUGGGUCUGAACAAGGUCUACACGAACACGGCCACGAGGAAUGCCUGCGCCAAGGCCGGAGCGAUCCCACCCAUUCUGCUCUGCGAGCUGGUGCCACAAUGCUGCAACAUCAAGCCGUUCUUCGCCUGGGAGGAGCCUGGCGUUCUGCCCGAGACCGUCUACAUGACUGUCACCGGCGUCGUCUUCUUCCUCAUCAUCAUUGUGCUGGAGUUUAGACUCAUCAACGAGCUAAUGUUCAAGAUCCGUCAAAUGUUAACUAAACCACCGCCACCACCGCCGGAGGGCCACUUGGAUGACGAUGUGGCCAACGAACGGGAGCGCAUUAUUCACAUGUCCUCGGAUGAGCUGGUCACCAAGAAUCUAGUGCUGGAUCGGGUCACCAAGUACUACGGUCAGUUCCUGGCCGUCAAUCAGGUGUCGCUCUGCGUACAGGAAGUCGAAUGCUUUGGGCUGCUGGGCGUGAACGGAGCAGGCAAGACAACGACCUUCAAGAUGAUGACCGGCGACGAGCGGAUCAGCUCGGGAGCCGCCUACGUCCAAGGUCUGAGCCUGGAAUCGAACAUGAACAGCAUUUACAAGAUGAUCGGCUACUGUCCGCAGUUCGAUGCGCUGCUGGACGAUCUGACGGGUCGCGAGGUGCUGCGCAUUUUCUGCAUGCUGCGCGGCGUGCAGGAGUCUCGCAUUCGCCAGCUCUCGGAGGAUCUGGCCAAGUCGUUUGGCUUCAUGAAGCACAUCGACAAGCAGACGCACGCCUAUAGUGGCGGCAAUAAGCGUAAGCUGAGCACGGCCAUUGCUGUGAUCGGCAGUCCGUCCGUCAUUUACCUGGAUGAGCCCACCACGGGCAUGGAUCCGGCGGCCAGGCGUCAGCUGUGGAAUAUGGUCUGUCGCAUUCGUGACUCGGGCAAAUCCAUUGUCCUGACCUCCCACAGCAUGGAGGAGUGCGAGGCGCUGUGCACGCGACUGGCCAUUAUGGUGAAUGGUGAAUUCAAGUGCAUUGGCUCCACGCAGCACUUGAAGAACAAGUUCUCCAAGGGCCUGAUCCUCAAGAUCAAGGUGCGUCGCAAUCUGGAGGCGCUGCGGCAGGCGCGUUUGAGCGCCGGCUUUGCUCGCAAUCCGGAUGAGCAGACGGUGCCCGCCCAAAUGGCCCAGCAGGACAUAGAUGCCGUCAAGGAGUUUGUGGAGCACGAGUAUCCACACUCCAUACUGCAGGAGGAGUACCAGGGCAUUUUGACGUUCUACAUUCCACUGACUGGGGUGAAAUGGUCGCGCAUCUUUGGCCUGAUGGAGAGCAAUCGCGAUCAGCUGAAUGUGGAGGACUACUCGGUCAGCCAGACGACGCUGGAGGAGAUCUUCCUGGAGUUCGCCAAGUACCAGCGCGAGGAUACGCGCGCCAAUCACCGCCUCUCCGAACUGAGGAAGCUGUGCAAGUGCCUGCUAGCAAAUGAGUAUUGAACCAACUACCUGAACGGAUCCGAUCCGAUCCUGAGAUCUUAAAACACUCACAGAUAAUAAUGUUUUAUACCAAAAAAGAA